UUGGCAACUCAUCUAACGAAAUCUUUUCUUCGACCUCUCUUAAAAAACGAGAGAAAGAGAAGAAGGUUCUAGGGUUUAUUUCUAUUAGCAAGAGAAAUGGCGUCGAGAAAUGCUCUACUUCGAUACCUUAGAAUCAGUGUCACGCCUCCUACUCUCCGAAGCUCCAGCAUCGCUUCUCAUCAUCGAGGCGUAGCUCCCUUGUACGUUAUUCUUGGUCGUCGUUUCUCCGAGGAAGUCAGAGGGUCGUUCCUCGACAAAUCCGAAGUCACAGAUCGUGUUGUCUCUGUUGUCAAAAAUUUCCAGAAAGUAGAGCCUUCUAAGGUGACACCAAAGGCACACUUCCAGAAUGAUCUAGGGUUGGAUAGUUUGGACACAGUGGAGGUGGUUAUGGCACUCGAAGAAGAGUUUGGAUUCGAGAUACCUGAUAACGAAGCAGAUAAGAUACAGUCCAUCGAUCUUGCUGUUGAGUUUAUUGCUUCCCACCCCCAGGCAAAAUGAGCCGCCUAGGAAAAUCAAACAUGUUUCUUCGCUUGAGUGAGACAUUUUCAGUUUCUUUCUUUUUCUCAUGUUUGUUAAUGCAUCUAUAAUUAAGUUGUCUAUUGUAUGGUAGUAGAUCACAAUAUUGCAUAUGGAGACUUGUCUUCCUUAUUACCAUCAAACAAUACUCCCAUCCAUUUCAAUGUAUAAGAUGUCUCUGAAUUUUCUUCA